GCCGCGUCAGUCAGGCCGCGGGCGUGGUGGAGGAUACUGCGGGUUCUUGGUGCGUGGCUCGGCGUUCUGUUCCCAGCCAGUGAGGUGGAGGUGCGCCGCUUGCUUGAGCUGGGGGAAGAACAGUGGAUAAGACAGUGCAGGGAGAGAUGCCUUCAGUGCUUCAAUGCUUGCUGGACGUAAAAACCCAACACUAAACGUAAAGGAGGCAGCUGGAGGCGCUAUAAUAUUGACAAACUUGAAAUGAAUGUUGUCCCUGCGUCUGCCCGCCGUAGCUGCUCGUGAAUCUCUCGUGGAGGUUAUUACAAGUGUUUUGAUGGGUGGUAAUGAGCGUGCUGCUGGACCUGAGACUUUCCCGCUGACUCGGCGAAAGAGCGGACUUGUGUGAUCGUUGUGCAUGAGUGGCUGGCUGGCUGGCAGGGCGUAGGUGUGUGUGUGUGUGUGUGUGUGUGUGUGUGUGUGUGUGUUUAACGAGGGAGUCGACCCGCACUGGAAUUGUCAUCAUCGGACGCGUGUCGUCACCUAGCGCUCCUGCCCGACCCCCAGGCGCCAGAGGAUCGCGCCCCCACUUCCCUUCCCCCCCUCCGCCCCGUGUCUUCCUUCAUCGUCGCCUCCCACCCGCGGCCGUGGCAGAGCGCAGGGGCAGCGUUGGGGGUCAGGGUUAGGCGAGCGAAUGCGACAGGCGGCUGUUGGUGAUCCUGGUUCCUGUUCCCUGCACCGUCCAGCGGCUCCGGCCCCAGGACGCGCCGAGCCGGGCCAAGGUGGAAAGGCGUCAGGUGGCAGGUGCUGAGGCACCAUGGCCGGGCCUCCGUCCCUUCUACAUGCCGGCCUGGACGCAGCCACUGCCCCGUCCAGCUUCACGCCCUUCCUGCCCUCCGCCCCAGAGCCGCUCCUCCAUUACAGCUUCCCUUCCGAGGCAGACACUCUGGCCUACGUUGAUGCCCUCAAGCACUCGGACCUCAGUGACUGGAGGUCGCUGCAAGAGGUGGCGGCGCGGGCUGGGGCUGGGUCCUGCUCUGGCGCCGUCACUACCUCGGUGCUGACGGCCCUCUACCUGCUGGGCCUCUUCAACCUCUGCGUCGCCUCGCCUGCCUCCUGCUGUGUUCCUCCUGCCUCAGGACGCCGCCGUCGCCGCAGCUCCGUCGACCCCACCCUCCCGCCGCUGCUGAACAACCUGCAGUACAACCUGUCCAGCCUCUCCCUCGAGCAGUUCCGCGCCCUGCCACACGUCACCACCCCAGACGGCGGCCGCGUCCCCCUCCACAUAUCCGUAGUGGAACAGGUUCGCAAGCUGUGGGACUCCAACCCUCGCCUGCUGUCGUCCGUGUCGUGCACCUCGGCCACGGAAUCUGUGCGUUCGUCGUUCAUCUCCCUGAGCGGCGUCGCGUCGGGCAUCAUCCUGGCGUACAGCGUGGCACAGCUCAACCAGUGCUACCCCGACCACACCCCGCACCCCAACCACCCUCCCAAGAUAUGGUUCUUUCCUAUCCCCAAGGCCGCCCCGCAACCACGGUUCCCUGUCCCCAUGAUCCCGGGGGAAAUACCCGUCUCAGGCGAGGACGAGGAGGAGGACGGCUGCGGGCGGGAUGAGGUGCCUCUGGGGUCGGACCGCUGCGCUCUGCUCCUCUCCUCGAAGCCGUGUCCCUACCGCCACUGGGUCCUCCUCAACAGCGACACUCGCACGGGUGAGUGUGUCCCUCGCCUGUGUGCCGACAACUUCGUCUACGUAGAGACGGACCAGAUGUGCCACGACGUCAACGAGCCAGGGAUCUGUCCCGGCAACAGGCGCCUCUACCUCACCGCCUACGGCACUGCUGUUUGCGACUGUCUGGAAGGUAUGUUCCCAGGCCCCAACGACUCGUGUUACUUCUUGUAUGAGUCCGCGUACUGCAGCGCCGGGUCUGUGCUUCAGUUUGACCGAGACAGCAAGACGCUCACCUGCAAACCGGACCCGUGCAACUACGUCAAUAGUCAGCUAUGGCCUGACGACUUGCCCUACGCCCCGCGACCCAAGGACGGUUACUGCUACCAGUUCAAUGAGCAAGGGCCCUGCAAGCGAGGACAAAGGUUUGGCUACGACACCGACAAGCUGGAGGCCACCUGCGUGUCCCUGCUGGAGGCCGGCCUCGCUCGGCCCCGCAGAUCCUUCAUGUAUCAGCAGAUGUCCUUCCCGGCCACGCAGGACCGCCAGUACCACCAUUACCAGGUGUCGUACAUUAUUAUGAAUGGUACGACGUGGGACCUGGAGGUUAAAGGUGUCAAGAGAACCAAGAGGGACGUGCGUGAACACCACCAACCAGCGCCUCACGUAUCCUCUGGCCACCUCGUCGUCCCCUUCAUCGACACAAGAAGCUUUCCCCGUAGCGUCCGUCCGUCCAUGCGGCCGCGAACUUCACGCUGGACCGGGCGUAGACGCAUGCGGAGGGGCAACAGCCACCCUCAACGCUACCCAAGAAUCAGACACAUGAGGGGCGCCGCCAGACGUCGUGUCUUGGCGUCCCGCUUUGUCCAAAGAACUCACGACCGAGCCAGAUUGAGAAGCAUGAGGAUGAGGAGAGGCCAUGUUCGUCCAAGCCGAGAGACUGUCCUCGAUCCAGAACUUCAACGAGACUUUGGCAGCAUCGUCAAGGUCAAUCAAUCGGCGCUAGCGAGCCCUGUAGUGGUGCCGCAAACAGCCUCCCUCACGGCCGCUUCUCGUCCUGUCCGGAAGACUGAGCGAAGGAGAGGCGGUGGAACAGUUCGUCAAAGCUCUAGACGGCGUGGUGGCAAGAAACGGGGAAAAGGGAGGAAGAAAAAGAAAGGACGAAAGCGUAGAAAGAAGAAGAAGAAAGGCCGUAGGCGUGGCAACAAAAGAAGACACAGACUAGACUCUACCAGAAACUCCACUAGAAUAAAAGGGAAAAGGAAAAGGAAAAAUCCUCACCUUCCGUUCCGCGUGCCCACAGCCCUUCCCCCCUCCGCGGCUAACACCACGUCAGGGGGGCCACCGGAAGCGAGGAGCACCAACAGCAGUACACCAGACGCUUCAAGACACACACCUUCAGAUGAUAAGGAAGAGGAAGAAUUAUCAUCGUCGGAGUUAUCCUUGCCAAAGUACUUGCGUCACCGAGGGCGGCGCCAGCUGGGAGAGGGCGGCGGCAUCAUCCAGGCGCCCUUACUGAGUGCCUGCAAGCCCGGUGCCAAGAGGGACUACAACUACAAGUGUCGACCCAAAUUCAUCCCUCAAGGACGCGACCGGCGCAGGGUUGCCGGAGUGAAUGUGGGGCCCCGUAGGCCAACCAUAUCUUGCCCUAAGGGCACGCGGCUGGAUCCACGCGGAAGGUGUCAGCAAAUCGGGUGAGUCGGCUGGAUGUCGAUCAACUUUUGUCCGACACCAAUCACCGGCGGCAGGGAGGACCCGCGGAUGGCGCCGCCAGAGCGUUGCCUGAGCCAUGGGACCACUAUACCAGUGAUGUGCUUCCCUCAGCACCUCACACUCCAAGCAACUGAGAACUUUUGAAUUUCAGGGUUCUUAGAGGAUUCACAGUCCUCAUAAGGUCUGCCCUUCACUACCUACAGGACGCCUUUAAGUUAUGCGGUGCAGUUUGCCAGAUACUUGCAGUGACUGACAUAAAUAGUGAUAAAAAUGCAAUAAUUACACUUCGUUGAAAUAUCGUUUCUAACAGUGGUCGGAGAAUGAACGACAGUGCUCCUUUUUAAUGGAAUAUUUUCG